AUGUAUCAAUUCAGAGAAAAGUGUUAUACAAAGGACCCCAAAGAGGAGAAAACUGGAGACACAGCUCUCAGGGAUGAAGAAGCAUCAUUCAAUAUUUUCUCUGUGCAUCUCUCUGCAGGAUAUCAUUACAAGCCUUCACUCUCUGCCUGGCCAAGCCAUAUUGUUCGUUUUGGACAGCAUGUGGAACUUCGAUGUGACUCUCAUAGUAACUAUUACAUAUACAAGUUGUACAAAGAACAUGGUAAUCCUAUUCCUCAGAUCCAGGGAAGACCAUUCCAGAACAAAUUAGUCUUGGAUCCUGUGACAUCAGCACAUGCAGGGACAUACAGAUGCUUUGGUUUUAAUCAUCAUUACCCUUUUAAAAUUUCAGCCAAGAGUGACCCUGUGAAGAUCAUAAUUUCAGGAAUCUACAGAAAGCCUGUCCUUUUGGCCUUACAAACUCCCCUGGUGAAUAUAGGAGAGAAGGUAACCCUGGAGUGUCAUUCAGAGAUUAUGUUUGAAACCUUCAUUUUGACAUCACACAAAAAUGGGACAAUCAAUGACUCUUUCGAGCUUUCUGCAGAACAUCAUCUUGGGGGUUCCCAGGCCAACUUCAAUGUAGGUCCUGUGACACCUGACCAUGCUGGAACUUACAAAUGCUACGGUUCUUACACUCACACACCAUAUGAGUGGUCAGACUGUAGUGACCCCAUUGACAUAAAGAUCACAGGGUUAUACAAGAAACCUUCUCUGUCAGUCCUGAUGGGCCCUGGGGUGAUGUCAGAAGAGAACAUGACCUUGUCCUGUGUCUCUGACCUUCAGUUUGACAUGUUCCAUUUGUCCAGAGGAGGAGUACCCAAGGAACAUGGGCUGCCUUCAGUGCAGAACCACAAUGGGACAUUCCAGGCAAACUUUCAUCUUGGUCCUGUGGUCCAGGCAGGGAACUAUACAUGCUAUGGUUCUUUUAGGAACUCUUCCUAUGUGUGGUCCACUCCAAGUGAUGCCUUGUACCUUCCUGUCACAGGAAACUGCAUUUCUUGCAUAGAAGCAGACUCCACAACUCAUAACCACAGGAACAUGUAUAUUCUGAUUGGACUGUCAGUGACCACGAUCCUUGUCUUCCUCAUCUUCCUCCUUUAUUCUUGUUGCUCCGCCGAAAAGAGUAAGUCUCAGGAACAAGCCAGUGAGUGUCGUCUGAGUAGUGUGAGAAAACAAGACCAAAGAAAUAGAGUCAUCAUGGACCAAGACUCUGAUGUGAGAACAACACUGAACAGUCUGGUAAUGACCUGA